AUGACCGAAUGCUUUAGUACGAUACAGUCAAGCUUCGGUCCUGCAGUGCCCACUCAGGGUCAAGACAACUACUACACUGUCUCGAUGCCCGAGUGUCAAGACUGUGACUGCACAGACUGUGCAUACACCAACACAUAUACAACAACAUUAGAUGUCUUUGUUCCAACAGGCAUUGCACAACUUCCUUACUCGGUCAAGGAAGUAUAUCGGGGCAUGUCGGCUAUGCCAGCUGAUGCUGAGCCGACUGCUGUCCCAUACGGCUUCACUUCUGGUGUCGAGACAUGCAACAACUGCGGAGAUGAGCCCAUUACUGUAACUAUAACUUAUCCCCGCGGCGGUUCACCAUAUCAAGAAAAUGUACCAACAGCCACGCCGGCGGCUGAAAGCUCUUUCGAGCCUCCUUCAACACUACGCACUGAAGUCGCCGACAGCCCCAAGACGGCACGUCUAGAGAACACUAUUCUCGAGCACAAGGCCAUUGAGUACCAGGGCCAAGCAGCCAGUUCUUCCAACUUUGCCAAGUUUGGUCUCGAAAGCAACUCUGACUCCGAAUCUGAACCAAAGAGCUCUGGUGGUCUAUCCAAGAAUCUCAAAAACUACGCCAAGAUGAGAGAGAUAGCACCUUCACGGGAUGCUGAUGGAGCGGCUAUGGGCAGAAAGCCACCAGCAGGAAUUGCCAUGGUUAUGCUUGUGCCUAUAGCGCUGCUGAUGUAA